AUGGCCCCUCACGACUACAAGACAGAACCGAGCGCCCAUAUUGAGAUUAUCGACGCCCACAAGAAGGCUGCGAAGCCAGUCGUCGGCACAAUCAGACUGUACGAUGAAGAUGGCAUCGUGCUGAUUCCAACCCCGACCAGAGAUCCCAAUGAUCCACUCAAUCUCCCAAAAUGGCAGAAGUACCUCAUUCUGAUCAUUGUCGGCCUCUUCGCCGCCACUGGCAACUUGAUGGCCAGCGGUAUCACUGCCAUUUUACCCAUCAUACAGGCUGAGUACGGUGGAGACCCCAAGACGCAUGAUCUCGCCACUUGGCCAGCUUUCUUUAUGGGCGUCGGCAACCUCCUUGCUAUCCCGAUCGCGCACGCUGUCGGACGUAGACCGAUUUAUUUGUUGUCGACAAUUGUUUUGGCUCUCACUAGCGCUUGGUGCGCCCAGAGCACCAGCCUGUCCUCCCAUAUCGCUGGCAGAGAUGUCAUGUCCAUUGCUGCUGAAAGGGGUAACGUGAUCGCUUGGUUCUGCGCGAUCCAGACUCUUGGCACUGCCGCCCUUAUCGUUUCCAGCUCCUAUCUCGCCACCGAUCUCGGCUGGAGGUGGUGGUAUGGCGUCUUCGGUUGCGUGAACGGAGCUAUUGCCCUUCUCAGUAUCAUCUUUGUUGUCGAGACCAAGUAUGUGCGAACACUGGAAGCACUGAACGGUGAAGGUAUUGAAGAAGACGGCAUGCUGGUGCCUGUCACGACCAACACCAAACGCGAAUUUGACACCACCAACUACUCCCCACGCAGCUUCUUCAAGGACAUGCUCCCAUGGAAGGGCCACGCACACUGGCACGAGGCCAUCGAUUGCUGGAAGCAAAUGUUCCAGAUCAUUUGGUUUCCCAACAUUAUCUGGUUGAUCCUUAUCAACUCUGCCGCUCUUGGCAUAUACGUACUCAUGUCCGCCCUGUUCGCUGGUGUCCUGGUCCAACCUCCCUUCCUGUGGAACUUCGACAUGCUCGGAUAUGUCUUCGCUGGACAGGUUGCUACCGCAGUCGCGGUACCGUUCUUCUGCGGUUAUCUAAGCGAUGUUAUCGUCAAAUAUAUCAGUAAGAGGAACGGCGGCGUGACUCAGCCAGAAUAUCGCCUGCUGGCCCUGAUCAUUCCGUUGAUCUGUAUACUCAUAUCAACUGUCAUCUACGGAAAAACAGCACAGGACCCCGAAAACUGGUCGUGGGCCGGUAUUGCCGUCACACUCAACAUCGAAUACUUUGGCUUUGUUGGCAUCGUGGUAUCCAGUUUCGUGUACUGCAUGGAUGCCUACCCGCAGCGCAUAGAUGCCGCACUGGUUCUCAUUUGCUCGCUGAGGGGUUUCAUCGGCUUUGGUAUCUCCUUCGGGUCAAUUGGUUUCGUGAAUUCCGCAGGAUACGACGGCGCUUUCAACAUCUGUGCUGGUAUCGUCGGAGCGUUGAUGUGCCUUGGCAUUCCCGUCUACUUCCUAGGUGACAAGAUCCGGGCCAUGACCCAGAGGUUUGCUCAGGACGAUUAG